GUCAACACAGCAAUGGCGGAUGCUGGAGAGGAAGUUCUUGACGGCAGCUGGGACCAGGACUUGUCGGAGGCUCUGGACUCUCCGCUGGGUGAGCUGGAGGCUGAGCUGGAGGCUGACGGGGCCCUGCUGCAGCCCCAGGACCUGCCCCCGGCCGAGAGGGCCAAGCUAUGGAAGAUUGCUCUGAACGUGGCCGGAAAGGGAGACAGCCUGUCCUCAUGGGAUGGUUCCCUGGACCUCCCCGAACAGACGCUCAUCCACAACCGCAGCCAGCAGCUCAUCGAUGAGCUGGGGCUUCCCGAGGAGGAGAGCAGGGGCCUGGUGGCAGACGUGGAGGCGGUCAUCACCUUCUACUGCAAGUCUCGUAACGUGGCGUUCACGCCGGAGCUGGGCUGGCCACACCUCCUCAAGCCCCUCCUGGGCCUGCAACUGCCUCGCAGUGAUCUCUACAACUGCUUCUACGCCAUCAUGAACAAAUACAUACCACGGGACUGUGUGGCGAAGGGUCGACCAUUCCACCUGUACCGGCUGCUGCUGCAGUACCAUGAGCCAGAGCUCUGCUCCUUCCUGGACACAAAGAAGAUCACCCCAGACUCCUACGCCUUCAGCUGGCUAGGGAGCCUGUUUGCCAGCCACUGCCUUCCUGACGUCACCCAGGCCAUGUGGGAUAUCUACUUCCAGCAGGCCGACCCCUUCCUCAUCUUCUUCCUCAUGCUUAUCAUCCUCGUCAAUGCCAAAGACGGCAUUCUCUCCCAAGAGCUGGAGAGCAAAGAGGAGAUCAUCAAAAUGUUGGAGGGCUCUCCUGCUCUGCUGGAGGCUGAGGACCUGGAGGAUCUCUUCUCCCUGGCUCAGUAUUACCACAGCAAGACCCCGCUCUCCUUCAGGAAGGAGAACCAGAAUCUGUUUGGCAGCAGCUUGGUGGCUCUGAGAGAGGAGGACAUGGACCUGAGCCAAGCGCUGUGUCUUCCCGUGUCUGUGCCCGAGAUCCUGCAAGCUAACCAGCUGCAGCAGGAUGGAGUGCGCUUCUUUGUGGUGGACUGUCGUCCUGCAGAGCAGUAUAACGCUGGCCACCUCUCCACAGCCUUCCACCUCGACUCAGACCUGAUGCUGCAGAACCCAUCUGAGUUUGCGCUGUCGGUGAAGUCUCUACUGGAGGCUCAGAAGCAGUCCCUGGAGUCGGGCUCCAUAGCCAGUGGAGAGCACCUCUGCUUCAUGGGCAGCGGGCGAGAAGAGGAGGACAUGUACAUGAACAUGGUACUCGCACACUUCCUACAGAAAAACAAGGAGUACGUCAGCAUUGCCAAAGGAGGCUUCAUGGCUCUGCAGCAGCACCUGGCUGACAUUAAUGUGGAGGGUCCCGACAACUCGUACGUGCACUGGAUAGUCAGCACCUCCGGAUCACACAGCAGCCUCAGCUCCCCUGAUGGUGAGGGCCUGAACAGCACGGCGGAUGGCAAAGGGGUUAAGUCACUGGUCAACAAGAUGACUUUUGCCCUCAAGUCCAAGUCUGUUAAUGUGAAGGAGAAGAUGAUCAGCUUCAUAGAGAACACAUCCACACCUGUGGACAGAAUGUCUUUCACUCUGCCGUGGCCAGAGAAGGGGAUUCCCGAUCGGCACGUGAGCAGUAGUGACCGGGUAGGGAAGCCCUACAGAGGGGUGAAGCCGGUCUUCAGCAUCGGAGACGAGGAGGAAUACGACACAGAUGAGAUCGACAGCUCGUCAAUGUCGGAUGAUGACCGCAAAGAGGUUGUGAACAUCCAGACGUGGAUCAACAAGCCUGACGUGAAGCACCACGUACCCUGCAACGAGGUGAAGGAGACGGGACACAUGUUCCCCAGUCACCUGCUGAUCACGGCCACACACAUGUACUGCCUGAGGGAGAUCGCCUCUCGUAAGGGCCUGGCCUACAUCCAGUCGCGGCAGGCCCUGAGCACCGUGGUCAAGAUCACCUCCAAGAAGAAGCACCCCGAGCUCAUCACCUUCAAGUUCGGCAACAGCAACUCCGCAGGAGUGGACAUUGUGGCCGUGGAGAGGUAUCUGAUCCCCAACGCGGGGGACGCCACCAAGGCCAUCAAGCAGCAGAUCAUGAAGGUGCUGGAUGCCCUGGAGAGCUCCUAGAGCCCGCACACAAACACUCAAAACACACACAUGCACAGCAGCAGCAGGAACCAGAGCAGAAGAGGAGGAGGAGGAAGAAGAAGGAACCGCAGCAACAGUGCCUCUGCUGGUCAUACAGGGGAACUGCAACAGGACAAACCACCUUGGCCAGAUGGCACUCGUCUCAUCUCUCUGUGUGCGUUUGUGGGUCUCUCCGGUGUUUUUUUUCCCCUCUCUCUCUCUUUCGCCCCUCCCCUCCAACCUCUUCGUAUCUGCCUCCUCUCCAGGACGGUGCACACCUAACAGUGUUGGCUAUUAACCUCCUCAAAUCCAACUCCCAACACUCCCCCUCUCCAAUUGGGGACAUGGUGCUGGCAUGGACGCCGGUCUGGCUUGGCCAUGAAGUGUUGGACAGCAGGACUGUAGAGUUGAGGCUCCUCUACUCUUACUCUGUACAUGACUAUUACAAGCGAAAGCUGAACUGAUGCAAGCGCUCCCCGCUGUUUUUUCUUGUUUUUUGUUUUUGUUUUGUGUCAAUAUUUCCUUCUGUUUUCCAGCUUUCACUUGCCACUAAGUUAGCGUUGUGUAUGUGGGCAUGUCAAGUCGCCGUGGUGUAAAAAUCAGACACCUGAAAUACCUGUCCUCAGCCUUAACUAAGUCACCGCUCACUGGUAAAGUGAUGUACCCCCCUCCAGCAGUCGAGGUCAGUACAGAGAUGAGGGGAGUAUUCCAAGAGCCUGGCUCAGUAGUAAACCAGGUUAAAAUAGCCUUGAGGUCGUCGUAAAUCAUCUAAUAGAAGGGCACAGAGUCAGCAUUUUACCUAAAUGACACCUGUGGUCUAUCUAUUAGCACGUUUACCACUUCCUGCAGGUUAACUUAGCCAGGUUUACCACUUAACCAUGGAACCUUGGAAUACUCCUCAGCUUCCAGGUCCAUUGCCCACCACCUGUGGAUGUAUUUAACCCGCUUGGGAGACUUUUAUCAGAAAAGACCAUAACGGUGUGCUGCAUGUCCUUGUAUUUAUUAAAAGCUGAGUGUGUAUGUUUAUUUGGCCAGAACUGGAGGUGAGGUUUCAAUGGCAGGGCAGUUUGGCAGCAGAAUACUGACAUUUCCCUUUCGUAUGGAACUCUCAUCCUAGCCCAGGGUGUUGGGGGAGCACAUGUAUACGCUCAUGUACAAUGUAUACAUUGAAAACAAAACCCUUCCUGGACUUUGUGUUCACACUAAAACAUUCAGUAUCAGAAACUCUUUCUCUGAGGUCUUAUGUUUUAAACAUUUUCUGUUUGAUUUUAUGAAAAAGAAGUCUUUGUGUACAAUAUUAUAAUAUUACUUUUUUUGCUCCUGCAAAUAGCCUUAAACACAAUAGGAAGCAGAAUGAUGUGAGAAAGUAUAUUGGUGAAAAUAUAAAUAUAUUGUAUAUACUGUAAAGCUGUCAGGCUGUCCUCUUGGUAGGAGGCCUAGGUUCUAAAGAGCAGGCGUAUUUGAAAAGUACUGUCGGUGGGGUUAAACAAACAUUGGCUGAUCAGUUUUAAGUAAACAAGACAAGGUCAUGUUUCAUGUCAUAUUUAUAAGUCUUUUUGUAAAUGGACUCUUGACAUCCCUUUUCCUGACUGCUUUUUUCAGAGGUUCAUCAUAUCUCACUACUGUCCGUCUGUAAACGCAUAUACAACCUGUAUAAAAUGUAACUUGGACGUGGAAUGCGGUUUGCCUUUGAAAUGAGAAUCUUGCCAUGGAAUAUUCUCUCAAGAAAAGCACAUUCUGUGAAACUGAAAACAGUAACUUGAAACCUGAUGUGAUUUUUGGAACUUAUUUUUGUUGUCAUUUCACCCUGAAAACAUAUUUGCUGCUCUUAAAAAUAUAUAUAGACCAAAAUGUAUUUUCAGUUUUUUGCAGCACUGUGCGAAAAAGCUGUGAUAAAAUUCCAUAGGAAAGUUUAAUUAGGCACUCUUACCCUUCCGAUGAUGUGAUUGAUUUUUUUUUUCAGAUGUUUCUGAAUAGAGCUCUGCAGAGCAGCUCUACCAUGUAAAACAACUUCUUGCAUUGGCUUUCCGUUCCAAGCACCUUAUGCUGUUAUUUUUUGUAACCACUUUUAAUAAAUUUACAACUGGACUCCCAA